AUGGAUCGCUCAAACAAGCCCGCUGCUAUUCCGGUUACCUCCUCUCUUCCACAGCCGGCAGUCAACAUUGACGACAGCACCGUCCACGCAUCGCUGGCUUCAGGGGAGUCCGUCGUGGUUCACCUCUUUGGCGCUACAGUGACGUCCUGGAAACUUGCCAAUGGACGCGAGUUGCUCUUUCUGAGCGAGAAAGCUCACUUAGACGGCUCAAAACCAAUCCGCGGCGGAAUUCCACUCGUGUUCCCUGUGUUCGGGCCCCCUCCCAAAAAUCAUGCCACGUCAACACUACCUCAGCAUGGCUUUGUGCGUAAUUCUCUCUGGGAAUUUCUCGGCAAAUCCACAUCUGAAUCUGAAAACGGAGCUAGCAUCAAGCUUGAUUUUGGUCUCUCUCACUCUAUGCUGAGUGAAAAGUUCAAGAAUGAUUGGUCAUACGAAUUUGGCCUGGUAUACAGUGUUACUCUUAGCAAACGAAGCCUAGAGACUUCCCUACGAGUCGAGAAUCGGGGCUCUAAAGCAUUUGAAUUCCAAACACUACUGCAUUCGUAUUUCAGAGUUGAGGAUAUUUCCCAGAUUCAUAUACAGAACCUCCAGUCAAAGACAUAUGUCGAUAAAGUACGGAAUGCGGAGACGUUCACAGAGUCCUUCUCUGCACUGGCUAUUGAAGGCGAGGUAGAUCGUGUUUAUCAAUCUCUAGACCCCACUGUACCUAUUAUCGUGGCUUCGGGGUCUGACAAUAAGCCGAUUUACUCAAUCACCCGAGAGUCGUUGAAUGACAUUGUUGUGUGGAAUCCUUGGAUUGAAAAGGCAAAAGGAAUGGCUGAUUUUGCUCCUGAUGAGGCAUACAAAAACAUGAUUUGCGUAGAAGCAGGAUCAGUGGUUGGCUGGCAAACUCUCGAAUCAGGCGAUACCUGGGAAGGAGGGCAAACUGCUAUGAGGAAUGUGUUCUAUAUGGGAUCACAAAGAGAACCCGGAAACCCAGUUCCCAAAGCACGCUCGAAUACAGCUGAGUGUGGAGGCUACAAUUCUGUAUGCAACAGUAACGAACAGGCCCAGGCGAGAAGUGAUGGGCCAAAUAUCAAUCUGCGCGGACCCGUGGGCGGGGCAUCGCCUGCAAACGGAAUGCCCUAUAUAGCAGAAGAGCUUCAACGCAGCUCAAACACGGAUGACACUGCUCCUCGUCCUCCUCCACCCCGGCCCCCUUUACGCUCGUCUUCCUUCCAUAGACGGCGGCGAUAUUCUUAUGACGAAGAAGAUGAGACCAACACUCUCAACACCUCUGAAAGCUCCGACGAAACCCCAGUAUCAUGGUGUUCGCUCCCGAAAAAGGGCCAGCUUGCCGUUCUUACGAUUGCUCGUUUAUCAGAGCCGCUUGCCCAAACGUCUCUCCAAGCUUACGUAUUCCAUCAAGUGAGAUCAUUCGAUCCCUCACUCUCAGAUGCUACAGUCUCGGCACAGGCUGGUGUUCUACAAGCUUGCUUUACUGCCGCGCAGUUCGUGACUGGUGUUUUAUGGGGCCGACUGGCAGAUACAGCCAUUUUUGGAAGAAAGGGAGUGUUACUGAUAGGUUUAUUUGGAGCCGCGAUGGCAUCCACUGGUUUCGGGUUCUCCAGGUCUCUCACAGCGGCCAUCACGUUUCGAACACUGGGGGGUGCGCUUAAUAGCAAUGUAGGGGUCAUGAGAACGAUGAUAGCAGAAAUUAUCGAAGGCAAAAAGUACCAGUCGCGGGCAUUCCUUAUCCUGCCAAUGUGUUUUAACGUUGGCAUCAUCAUUGGGCCGAUUCUCGGUGGAAUCUUAGCAGAUCCCAUUAAAACAUACCCUGGCAUAUUUGGCCCAGGAACACUAUUAGGUGGUAAAGAGGGCAUCUGGUGGAUGGAAAAGUGGCCAUAUGCAUUGCCAAAUCUGGUCAGCGCGAUGUUCAUGUUCAUCGCUCUAGUUGCCGUAUUCCUGGGGCUAGAUGAAGUGAGUGUCGAUAACCCGUAG